AUGAACCAGUCUCAACCUUCGCGUGUUGAGAAGAUACGAUGUGCCAAGGCAUGCACUACGUGUCGGCGUAAAAAGGUCAAGUGCGAUGGCAGACGCCCUGUUUGCUCGACGUGCCACACUUUCGGUCUUACUUGUGCAUUCCAGGAUGUUUCGAAAGAAUCUAAAAAUCCCAGCAGGGCUUAUGUUGAGGGGCUAGAACAAAAGCUCAGACGUAUGGAGAACGAAUUGAAACGGAGAGGUCCAUCUGGAGAACCCGCUGAUCGGAGCCUUGAACAUCAAGUUUCAUCUGGCCACGCUUCAGCUAUCACUAGCCAAGCUCCCGGAUCUCCCCGACCGCAAAAUGUAGCAAAUAAUUCCCCGGGGGAAGAAAGUGGUCCCUUACCAGAUGAAUACACCUCUUUGGCCAGCGAUAAAGAUUUUGAUCAACCCUCUUACGUUCUGCAGUCAGAAGAUGGGAAAAUGCGUUUCUACGGGGCCUCUUCUGGAUUUAGUGCGCCAUACUCCGAAACCGUUGGUCGAAAUGGCGCGAGUGCAUCCAAGGUGGCCGGAGAAACAGCGGCUCAGCGCAGUGCGAAGCGAUGGCCGUUGACAAACUGGAUUCCGAGGGUGCUUCAAGAUCCUUUUGAGCAACGGAGGACUCAAAAUUUACCACCCAAGGAAGCUACAUUAGCUCUGGUCAACGAAUUUCUUACCACAUUUAAUCAAGCCAUUCCACUUGUCAACGAGAAAUCUUUCUUGAGAUUGGUGGAAAGACAGUUCUCCUGGAACCCAGAUGACAAUCCUUCUUCGUGGGCAUUGCUAAAUGUGGUUCUCGGCUUCUCGUACAGGGAAAGGGCACAGACUUCAUCCGAUGAGAGCUAUCCAUGGAAGAUGUCUCUAGCACAUAUCAAAAAUGCGCUCAACGUUGUCAUUGAUCUAUUUUUGCGAAAUGCAGAUUUAUCUGCUGUCCAGGCCCUGCUGGGGUUGGCACUAUAUUUCCAGGGUACACCAAAUGCUCAAGCCUUGUUUAUGUUUUCUGCGGCCGCGAUGCGUCUAUCUCAUUCUAUUGGGCUGCAUAGGAACACAUCAACCGAUCUAGAUCCGUCCGAAAUUGAACAAAGGCGAAGAACAUAUUGGAUCGCAUUCAUUCUUGAUGCAGAUAUCUCCUUACGUGUUGGUCGCCCACCUGUCCAGGAUAUGGAGGAUCACAACAUCCCCUUACCAGCUUCCGUACCUCCAGAUCGAGGAGGUAUAAUCUGCAUUGCGGGCACUGAAAUAAACUUCUUGCGUCUUCAUGCUCAAUUGGCACUCCUUCAAAGACGUGUUUAUCGUCAUUUUCAAAUCCUUACAACAACUCAACAGUCCCGAGGAAGAACGAUAAAGUCAGCAAUGGAUUGCGAAGCCGCGCUUGUCAAAUGGAGAGAUUCUAUCCCUGAAGAUCUUCGACCACGGCCAACGUUUAUUUCCGAGCCGAACUACUUUCUACAGCAUCUCCUUCGGAUGCAUCUUGCCUACCAUUGUUGCUGUGCAAAUCUUCGACAAUUACCAAAACCCCCGUCUCCUGGGGACAAUUCAUUCCAAGAUCACAACCAGGAUGCGGAUAUCGACGCUGCCGGUAUUCGCCACCGAUCUCUUGCCUCGGCACGCUCCGCAGUGGCUUUGCUCCCAUAUGUACGUUCUCUUGGGUCUAAUUACAAAUGGCAUGUUCUUUACUUUUUUGCCACGGCUUCUGUGGCAUUGGCUUCGGAAGUUGCGUCGAAUCCAUCACACGAAUUAGUCCACAGUGAUCUUCAAAUGGUCCGUGAGGCAGUCACCUUCCUCACAGAUAUUUCUUCCGAGGAGCCAAGUACAUAUUUUGACUUCAUUCUUGGUGCCUGCUCUGAUGUGGAAAAAUCCGCUAGACGAGCCAUUCGCCAAACACGCCCUGAUAUAGCUCAACCAUCUGCAUCAAGGACUGAUGGGGACUCUUGCGUCAGUAAUUCUGAGUCUGUCUUGCACGGAGGAUCCGUUGAUCUCACCGGAGAUACUUUGCUCCAUCAAACUAUUGAUCCACAAAGUGAGCCCGUCGUCGACUUGAUGAACCCACAAUGGUCCAUUCCUCCGUUUUGGAGUUGGCAGGACACAUAUUCUGGAUUAAUUCCAUCACUGAAUAUGAACGAAGGUAGACCGGAAGAUUUCAUCUAG